AUGGUAAACACAAAGAUAAAAGCUGUUUUCUUCGACUUCAUGGGCACAUGCCUAGACUGGCACAGCGGAGUCGUGAAAACCUUCCCACAAUCCAUCCCUGAGAGCGACAGAUCAAAACUGGCUCUAGAAUGGCGCCAUGAUUAUUUCGAUGCCAAUGCCGCCAGAAUUGCGGCCAAUGGGCCUGUGGAAAACAUCGAAGUUACUCUUGAAAGAACCCUCGACGCUUUGUUGGAGAAACGACCAACCCACAAGCACCUGUUCAACGAGCAAGUCAAGCAUGAAAGCAUAGCUGUAUGGCACUCCAUGCCAGCUUGGCCCGAAGUUUCCGGGGCUAUUGAGCAACUGAAACACGCGGGAUACGACGUGUUUGUCCACGCCAAUGGGACUACACGGCUACAACUCGAUCUUUGCAAGUCUUCCGGUCUCUCUUUCAACAUGCUGUUUUCGAGUCAGCUACUGGAUGUAUACAAGCCUGCUCCAGAGAGUUAUCGAAAGGUUCUAGACCUGGUCGAUGUAAAGGCAGAUGAAAGUGUUCUUGUGGCUGCCCAUGCCUAUGAUACGCGCGGUGCAAAGGAGGCUGGAAUGAAAACCGUUUAUAUCCAUCGGUGGACGGACGAUAUCAACGAAGACAUGGAAAUCGUAAAAGGAGAAAACGAUUUCUUCUUGGAGGAUAUGACGGAUCUUGUGACUGUUAUAAAACAGCUAUAA